AGAGAGAACAGACAGAAGAGAGAGGAGAAGAAAAAUAGAGAAAAAUUUGAGGACUUUUUGAAACCGUGAAUGAUUGAGUGAGGGAGGGAGGAGUUGAGAGAGACAGAGAGAGUAAAGGAGAGCGUCAGAAAGCCAGAGGAGGGAGGAGUUGAGAGAGACAGAGAGAGUAAAGCAGUGUCAGAAAGCCAGAGGACGGAGGAGUUGAGAGAGACAGAGAGAGUAGGGCAGUGUCAGAAAGCCAGAGGAGGGAGGAGUUGAGACAGACAGAGAGAGUAAAGCAGUGUCAGAAAGCCAGAGGACGGAGGAGUUGAGAGAGACAGAGAGAGUAAAGGAGAGUGUCAGAAAGCCAGAGGAGGGAGGAGUUGAGACAGACAGAGAGAGUAAAGCAGUGUCAGAAAGCCAGAGGACGGAGGAGUUGAGAGAGACAGAGAGAGUAAAGGAGAGUGUCAGAAAGCCAGAGGACGGAGGAGUUGAGAGAGACAGAGAGAGUAAAGCAGUGUCAGAAAGCCAGAGGACGGAGGAGUUGAGAGAGACAGAGAGAGUAAAGGAGAGUGUCAGAAAGCCAGAGGACGGAGGAGUUGAGAGAGACAGAGAGAGUAAAGCAGUGUCAGAAAGCCAGAGGAGGGAGGAGUUGAGAGAGACAGAGAGAGUAGGGCAGUGUCAGAAAGCCAGAGGACGGAGCGGAUACAGAGAAUGAGGGAGGGGUAGAGGAGGAGGAGGAGUUAGUGUGUGAACGAUGAAGGGAUAGCCUUGAUGAAAUCAACAGCUUGUUCAUUGGUCGGACUUUCCCAAGACUGCAUGGUGGUCUGCACGUCUCACACACUCCCCGUCGGACACACACGCACGGCUGUAGCCGGGACUAACGACAAACACCACGGGUAGAUGAAGAAGCAGAGAAGAUGACGUUGUUUGGGCUGGACUGUGCCAAGAAGAAAGAGAGAGAGUUGGAGAGGAAACUGAGGGCAAACGACAGAGAGCAUAACCUCUCCUUCAGAUAUGCGACCAAUGCCAUUAAGACGUCUAAAUACAACGCGUUCACCUUCCUGCCCCUCAACCUCUUCGAACAGUUCCAGAGGAUAGCCAACGCUUACUUCCUCAUUCUGCUGCUACUCCAAGUGAUUCCUGCCAUCUCCUCUCUGUCCUGGUUCACGACCGUAGUCCCUCUGGUCCUGGUGCUGUCUGUGACGGCUGCUAAAGAUGCUACCGAUGACAUAAACCGCCACAGGAGUGACAACCAGGUGAACAACAGGAAGGUCACAGUGCUCAUGGAUGGAGAACUACGGAGUGAGAAAUGGAUGUCCGUUCAGGUGGGCGACAUCAUCAAACUGGAAAACAACCAGUUUGUUACGGCAGACCUGUUGCUGCUCUCUAGUAGUGAACCUCUCAACCUGGUCUACAUAGAGACUGCUGAACUGGACGGAGAGACCAAUCUAAAAGUGAAGCAGGCUCUGACAGUAACAGGAGACAUGGGAGACAAGAUCCACAGCCUGGCGGCUUUCAAUGGGGAGGUGCGCUGUGAGCCACCCAACAACCGGCUGGACCGUUUCACAGGAACAUUGACAAACGCUGGUCAGAAAUACUCUCUGGACAACAACAAGAUCCUGCUGAGGGGCUGCACCCUCAGGAACACAGAGUGGUGCUUCGGACUGGUGCUGUUCGGAGGUCCAGAGACUAAACUGAUGCAGAACUGUGGGAAGACCACGUUCAAGAGGACCAGCAUCGACCGCCUGAUGAACGUGCUCGUCCUUUGUAUCUUUGGCUUCCUGGCGUUCAUGUGCAUGAUCCUGGCCAUCGGCAACCGGAUCUGGGAGCAACGCUGGGGGUCAGAGUUCACGGCCUUCCUGCCCAGACAGGACGGAGUUGACACUCCCUUCUCCUCCUUCCUCACCUUCUGGUCCUACGUUAUCAUCCUUAACACCGUCGUACCCAUCUCCCUCUACGUCAGUGUGGAGGUCAUCCGUCUGGGCAACAGUUUCUACAUCGACUGGGACAGGAAGAUGUACCAUGCCCGUAGUGACACCCCGGCCAAGGCCCGGACCACCACGCUGAACGAGGAGCUGGGUCAGAUCAAAUACAUCUUCUCGGACAAGACCGGAACACUCACUCAGAACAUUAUGAUCUUCAACAAGUGUUCUAUCAACGGGAAGUGCUACGGAGAUGUAUUUGACUACACUGGCCAGAGAUUGGAGAUCAACGAGCACACAGAGACAGUGGACUGGUCCUUCAACCCUCUUGCUGACCAUCAAUUCUCCUUCCAUGACCACUCCCUGGUGGAGGCUGUAAAGCUGGAGAAUGUGGAGGUCCACUCCUUCUUCAGAACACUGGCCCUCUGUCACACUGUUAUGGCUGAGGAGAAGACAGAGGGUGAGUUGCUGUACCAGGCCCAGUCACCUGACGAAGGUGCUUUGGUAACCGCAGCGCGCAACUUUGGCUUCGUGUUCCGCUCGCGCACGCCAGAGAGCGUCACUAUCGUAGAGAUGGGAAAACAACGCAGCUACGAGCUGCUCGCCAUCCUCGACUUCAACAACGUCCGCAAGAGGAUGUCCGUCAUCGUGCGGAGUCCAGAGGGGAAGCUGUGUCUGUAUUGUAAAGGAGCAGACACCAUGGUCUAUGAGAGGCUGGACCAGUCCUGUACCAAGCUGAUGGACGUCACCACUGAACACCUCAACGAGUAUGCUGGUGAGGGCCUGCGGACCCUGGCUUUGGCCUAUAAGGACUUGGAUGAGGAGUAUUUUAGCAGGUGGAAACAGCGCCACCAUGAGGCCAGCACAGCCCUGGAGGACCGAGAGGACAAGCUAGACCUGCUCUAUGAGGAGAUAGAGAAAGACCUGGUGUUGCUGGGGGCUACAGCCAUAGAGGAUAAGCUCCAGGAUGGUGUGCCACAGACCAUCGAGCAGCUCGCCAAAGCUGACAUCAAGAUUUGGGUGCUCACCGGCGACAAACAGGAGACGGCGGAGAACAUUGGCUACUCGUGCAACAUGCUGCGUGAGGAGAUGAACGACAUCUUCAUCGUGUCGGCCAACAACCCGGAUGAUGUCAGACAGGAACUGAGGAAUGUAUUGAGCACCAUGAAACCAGGUGCAGAGGAGGAGGCCAUCUUCAUGCCAGAGAGGACUCUGGGUAACAAGCCGAAGGUGGUCAGGGAUGAGGAGGUGAAUGGGGAGUACGGCCUGGUCAUCAACGGACACAGUCUGGCCUAUGCCCUGGAGCAUAGCAUGGAGCUGUUGUUCCUGCGUACAGCCUGUCUGUGUAAGACAGUGAUCUGCUGUAGAGUGACACCACUACAGAAAGCCCAGGUGGUUGAGCUGGUCAAGAAAUACAAACAGGCUGUCACUCUGGCCAUAGGAGACGGGGCCAAUGACGUCAGCAUGAUUAAAGCUGCUCAUAUAGGUGUAGGUAUAAGCGGUCAGGAAGGGAUGCAGGCGGUCCUGUCCUCAGACUACUCCUUUGCUCAGUUCCGCUUUCUCGAGCGCCUCCUCCUGGUCCAUGGCCGCUGGUCCUACCUGAGGAUGUGUAAGUUCCUGCGCUACUUCUUCUACAAGAACUUCACCUUUACCUUCGUUCACUUCUGGUACGCCUUCUUCUGCGGCUUCUCAGCACAGACGGUCUAUGAUGAGUGGUUCAUCACUCUGUAUAACCUGGUCUACACAGCACUUCCUGUACUGGGCAUGAGUCUGUUUGACCAGGAUGUGAAUGACAUGUGGAGUUUCCAGCACCCCAGUCUGUAUGUUCCAGGCCAGCUGAAUCAGUACUUCAGUAAGACAGCCUUCUUUAAGUGCGCGCUCCACAGUGUCUACAGCUCUGUAGUGCUGUUCUUCAUCCCCUACGCUGCCAUGUACGACACGGUCCGAGACGACGGGCGAGACAUUGCUGACUACCAGUCCUUCGCCCUGCUGGCCCAGACCUGUCUGGUCAUCACCGUCUGUAUACAGCUGUGUCUGGACAUGUCCUACUGGACAGCGGUCAACCAGUUCUUUGUGUGGGGGAGUCUGGCCAUGUACUUUGCUGUCACCUUCAGCAUGUACAGUAAUGGCACGCAUAUCACCUUCCCUGCAUCCUUCCCCUUCAUCGGCACAGCCAGGAACUCCCUGAACCAGCCCAACGUGUGGCUGACCAUCCUGCUUACCUCCAUCCUCUGUGUACUUCCUGUGGUUGCCUACCGCUUCCUGUUGAUACAACUCCGCCCCACCAUCAACGACAAGGUGAUGUUCAAGGUGAGACAGGCCAAGGCCACGCCCCCUCUCCCAGCACGACGAGCCAGGAUGCGGCGUACCAGCUCCCGCCGCUCCGGAUACGCCUUCUCGCACGCACAGGGCUACGGGGACCUGGUGACGUCCAACCAUUUCCUGCGCCGUCCCGCCAUCACGCGCUCCACCGCUUUCACCCCUCUGGGGCGCACCACCGGGUUCAGCCCCAUGGGCCGCUCGGCAGGAUACAGCCCCACAGGGAACGCUCUGAACUCCAGACCACAGGAGGUAGAGGUGACAUCACUACAGAUGUACCGGAUGGUGCGAGACUCCGCCUUCUGAAGAACUGCACAGUGCGAGAUCCCGCCUUCUGAAGAACUGCACAGUGCGAGACCCCGCCUUCUGAAGAACUGCACAGUGCGAGACCCCUCCUCCUGAGGGAAGAGAGGAAAAGGAUGUGGAGGAGUUGUUGUUUACAGAGGACCAAAUCAGUGGAUGUGAUAUGUAAAAAAUAUAUAUUCUAAACAUUGACACAUACUGUAACUGUACACACACAAAUCUCUAUGACGACUGACUUGUCGAAGCGUUCCAAAGACAGGCCCUCGUAUUUGAUUGGUCGCACUCUCUUCCCCCCCCCCCCCCCCCCCCCUGCUUCAUUGCCUCUUCUGUUCCAAUCAUUGGCCUUGUGUUCCAUCAGGACUGUUGUCAUGGGGAAACAAACCUCUCCUGUUCCAAUCAAUGGCCUUGUGUUCCAUCAGGACUGUUGUCAUGGGGAAACAAACCUCUCCUGUUCCAAUCAUUGGCCUUGUGUUCCAUCAGGACUGUUGUCAUGGGGAAACAAACCUCUCCUGUUCCAAUCAAUGGCCUUGUGUUCCAUCAGGACUGUUGUCAUGGGGAAACAUACUUCUACAGGUCAACUGUAUGAUAUAUUGUCUGUCAACUGAGGAUAAACUAUUACACUAUACUACAGUAUGACUCAGUGCUGUGACACCAUAGGAUCGUAUGACUCUGUACUCAGUGCUGUGACACCAUAGGAUCGUAUGACUCUGUACUCAGUGCUGUGACACCAUAGGAUCGUAUGACUCUGUACUCAGUGCUGUGACACCAUAGGAUCGUAUGACUCUGUACUCAGUGCUGUGACACCAUAGGAACAUUAAGACAUUAAAACAUUAAGAACACCAUAAAAAUAUUGAGUCACACCAUCCCCCCCACCCAUGUUGACUCCAUUGCUUCCCACAGUUGUGUCAAAUUGGCUGGAUGUCCUUUUGUUGGUGGACCAUUCUUGAUACACAUGGGGAAAUGUUGAGCAUGAAAAACCCAGCAGCGUUGCAGUUCUUGACAUAAACAGAUGCACCUGGCACAUACUACCAUACCCUGUUCAAAGACACUUAAAUAUUUUGUCUUGCCCAAUCACCCUUUGAAAGACACACAUACACAAUCUGUCUCAAUUGUCUCAAGGCUUUAAACUCCUUAUUUAACCUGUCUCUUCCCUUUCAUCUACACUGAUUGAAGAGGAUUUAACAAGUGACAUCAAUAAGGGAUCAUAGCUUUCACCUGGAUUCACCUGGUCAGUCUGUGUCAUGGAAAUAGCAGGUGUUCUUAAUGUUUUGUCCACUCAGUGUAUACUACAGUAUGACUUUGUACUGUGACGCCAUAGGAAGGCACUAAACCAAAGACCAGACCAAACCUCUCAGAGUUGUGGGCUUUAUUCCUUCUUCUAUCCUCACCAGCAACAAGCCCUCUCUUCUCCCACUGUGAUAAUACCAGUAUACAAUCACACAGGUGUAGAGAUGUACUGUACACUCCAACACUAACCACGGAGGGAGUUGGUAGGAUGUAUACCUUUCCUGUCUCUGGUCCACACUCCAUUCCAGUUGGUGGCGGUAAUGCACCUUAAUGUUGGUUGCCAACCGUCAUACAAAAUCCACAGAAGAAGAUUGUGGGAGGUAAGAUGAAGGCUAUGACCAGCAAAAUCCUGAUUGCAUGGACAAGUGAUUUGCCCUUUAAACCAUGGAAUGUAUUUGUUUGUAUAUAUAUAUAGAUAUAUAUCUAUAUAUAUAUAUAUAUACACAUUUAGCUGAAAAACUAACUAUGGACUUGAUCCAGUGAUGUUAGACAUUUUUAAUUUUUUUAUAGAGGAAAUAGAAGAUCUAGCUUCUGUUCAGUGUUGUUCAUCCAAGGGCUGAAUAAGUUUUCAUCCUGAAUGGGAUAGUGAAAUGGUUAGCAUGCUAUCCAUUAGCCUGUGGACCACCUCAUCCUGAAUGAGAUAGUAUCAUGGUUAGCACGCUAGCCGUUAGCCUGUGGAGCGGCUAUAUCUCAAUGGGAGAGUGACAUGGUUAGCAUGCUAGCCGUUAGCCUGUGGAGCAGCUAUAUCUCAAUGGGAGAGUGACAUGGUUAGCAUGCUAGCCGUUAGCCUGUGGAGCAGCUAUAUCUCAAUGGGAGAGUGACAUGGUUGGCAUGCUAGCCGUUAGCCUGUGGAGCGGCUAUUUCUCAAUGGGCGAGUGACAUGGUUGGCAUGCUAGCCGUUAGCCUGUUUAGCGGCUGUACUUGAUGUCGGUGCUAUAGUAAAGUGUUACCCCAGUGGGCAUACACUGGUUGAAUCAACAUUGUGUCAAUGUCAAUUGUCAACAUAUUGUGACGUGGAAUCUACGUAGAAAACACAUAUCGGAGUGGAUUUGGAAUAUGUCCCCAACUAGUACUGUUUUCAUCUAAUUUCAACCAUUGAAAUUAGGGUAACUUAACCUUACUUAACCUGACUAACAGGUUGUUUCCUUAAUCUAAUAAUCAUCAUCACUUUAUAUUUAGAACUAGCGUAAAAAAUUGCAC